UCAUUGCACGGCACCAAGUCAAUAUUGCUCGCUAUUCUUGUCAGAACAUGACCUUCGAACCAACGGUUUCCUUGCAGGCACUGGCCUGGCAGCUGUAGUCGUGUGCUCAUAUCUACAGCAGAACUCGUGUGGAAAGCUGGGCAGGUACGGAUUAUAUUCAACAGGAGACAUACAGGAGGCAACACAAGUGAAGUGGUCCAGAUAACCAGGAUACUAUCGCCACAUCUUCGUGAGACCACUAGGACUCCCAGCGCACUCAGUUGGCAGCUACCGUGACUAUCGUGCAGCCCAGCUCGAGCUGGCAGAUUUGUGGUGACGGUAACGCGACACGCCCUGCUGUCCUAACAACUCCUGCGCCUCCCCCAAACGCUUGACGUGCGGUGCGUGGGCUGGCUUCUAUCACGGGAUCCACAGCGGGCCAGCGGACGGUGGGACGACGAUAUCCUCAGGUGAACCUUUGGCCCCUGAACAGCGGGAGCUGACAGGGCGACAUGGCGGGCGGCCGACAGAGGGUCGCGGCCGCGCUCGCCUUCCUUGUCAUGUCCCUUCAGAUGGAUAAAACAUCCACGGAGAUCGACCAAAUAACGCUCGCAACACUGAUCAAAGAACAGACAUUUGUCUGUUUAAAGAAACUGAAUGAAACGGUGCGGCCAAACAUUACAGGCUACUGUCCCGGCGGACCUGACUAUCUCGGUUCCUGUUGGCCAGAUGCUGCACCUGGUCAAGUCGUGACGUUACCUUGUCCCGAGCACAUCGCCUUCUUUAACCAUUCCAGAACCGUGCAGCGUGCCUGUGGGAACGGGACGUGGAGCAUGAACCGACUUAACCUUACCGAAGACUACCCGAGUAGGUGCUAUAUCCACAAAGAGCCCGACAUGACGGACCUGUACACGGUGCAGAUCAUCUACACAGUCGGGUACUCCCUGUCCCUGGUGUCCCUCACAGUCGCCAUGGGGAUCAUCAUCAGGUUCAGGAAACUCCACUGUAUCCGGAACUACAUCCACCUGCACCUGUUCGUGUCCUUCAUCCUCCGGGCGGUGUUUAUCUUUGUCAAAGACGCCGUGCUUGAACAUGGCGCUCCGUGGCUGUUCAUGAUUCCUUGGAUCGCAGUUCGAGUCACCCUACAGGACAAACGCUGCUGGGAAAUCAAACAUCUUCAGUACUGGUGGAUCUACCGGGGGCCCAUCCUGGUGUCAGUUCUGGUCAAUUUUGUUCUAUUCCUGAAUAUAGUUCGCAUCCUGGCGGUCAAAUUGAAACAGGCAAACAGAAGCAGGGAACAUUCCACACAAUACAAGAAGCUGACCCGCUCCACACUUGUGUUGAUUCCACUCUUUGGAGUUCACUACAUCGUCUUCAUCGGCCUUCCUGAAGACGUCACGGGGCAGGUGAAAUAUGUCAGCUACUUCUUCGACACUUUCAUGAACUCAUUCCAGGGGAUGAUAGUGGCCGUACUAUACUGCUUCAUGAAUGGAGAGGUUCAGUCGGAGCUGAAGAGAAGGUGGGGUCUUUGGCGGGAAAGUCGAGAACUCGGCUGGGAGCGACAAAGCGGACUGCCGACCACCACUCUUUCAUUGGUCAGUCGGGGGUCACGUGACAGUCCAGGAAACUCGCCCCCUCGGUCACCACGGGUAUCCAAGGCCUUGCCGGACUCGCCGGUACUCAUCCACUACAGAGAGUACCGGGUGGGAGACACCACUUUGUGAGGAGCACAUUGUGGACUAGGAUUCCUCAGAUGACAUAUUUGGUCAUCCAUCCAGUGAUGUGACUCUAUGACACACAAACUUAGAAGGCGACAUCCUGUAAAAUCGUCAACUAUGUCGUGAGACAAUACAUCAGAACAUCUGUUCCCCAAAACGAUUUAUAAAAAGUAAUUUAUCCUAUACUUUCAGUAUGAAACCCAUUCCUCAAAAUUCACGAUAAGCUUCUAGAUAAGAUUCUAUUUCAAUGUACGUCCUAGAAGAUGAAGGUCCCACUCAACACUGCCCAAAACACUGCAAGAAAAGAGUCCGUAGACUAUCCGUUGGGGUUUCCUACAACGUGACCUAAGAAUAACGUAAAGCGUCGGCGAUCAUGCAAGUCAAAUUAAAUGCCCUGCGUUCUUACAUUAAGAGGGGAUUGAGGGAGACAUCCUCUCACGGUUGGUCGGUCGUGACCACCUGCCUAUAACGACUGCUGUUGCUCUGAAUCGUGAGUGGUUGUCUUAGGCAGGUUUUGCUGUAGCGCUGGUUUAGCUUUACCCGCGGGACAACCUGUUUCUAUUUAUUUACAAAAUUAUGUUUAAAGAUGUCAAGUCGACAAAUGGAGGUUUUAAACCGCAAUGAUUUAGAUAUAUAAUGCAGUUUGAAACCACCUCAAUCCACUUGAUAUCUCUUAAAUACAGUAUUUUACCC